AUGGCUUCUUUGCCCAAGCACGACAGGCCGGAGCCUGUCUCCAUCUCCCCUCUACUCAAACGUUUGGCCUACCCCGCUACUGCAGACAUUCAAGUCAGCGCAGAAGACAUUGCUUCUGCCUUUGCCUUGAUCUUCGAAGACCGUCUGUCAGACAUCCAAACCGCAGCUUUGUUGACUCUCCUCCACUCCACUGGAAAGGACAAAGAUGCUGCAGUCAUUGCGAAAUGCUCCCACCGGAUGCGUGAAGCUGCUACCCAGAUUGACAAAGCUUCCCUGAAGAAAGUUGUGAAGGCCCGAGGAAAAAGCGAGGGAGAUUAUAAAGGUGGACUGUGCGACAUCGUCGGAACCGGCGGAGACUCACAUUCGACCUUCAACGUCUCAACCACCUCGUCAAUUAUUGCUUCACCGCUGUUGAUGACCGCAAAGCACGGAAACCGCGCUCAGACUUCCUUCUCUGGAUCCGCAGACGUCCUUAAUUCCAUCCAGCCCAUCCCUCCCAACAUUUCUGCUGUGAAUGCAUCCAAUGUGGCUAAGGUGUACGAAGAAACAAACUAUGCAUUCCUUUUCGCGCCGAACUUCCACCCCGGCAUGAUGUAUGCCAAUCCGGUCCGCCGUGGUCUUGGACUCCGAACAAUUUUCAAUCUGAUGGGUCCUCUGGCCAAUCCCGUUGAGUGGGCCAUUGAGGCGCGCCUUGUGGGCGUGGCUUACCAGAGCCUUGGACCUGUCUUCGCUGAUGCUCUUCGUCAAGCCGGUGCCAAGAAGGCGCUUGUUGUCUGCGGUGAGGAGGAUAUGGACGAGAUCAGUUGUGCUGGAAAGACCAACUGCUGGAGAUUGUCCGAGUACCCCAACCCGGCGUACAAAAAGACAAGUGCCGACGACGAUGAUUCCGAAGACGAGGAGAACCCGCGCACGCUCGUCAAGCUUGACACAUUCCAGCUCCAGCCCUCCGACUUCGGCGUCAAUUCCCACCCUCUCACUGAGGUUUACGGACGCAAGAUGCCCAAGGAUAACGCUAACAAGUUGAUGAGCAUCCUCCGCAAUGAGCUUAGCCGCGACGAUCCCAUUCUGGAGUUUGUUCUUAUGAACGUUGCUGCUCUGCUGGUUACCUCCGGUAUCUGUGAAGCGGAGACAAGUAACAUGGGUCCUGGUGAUGAUGGGCAGGUUAUUACCGAACGUGGUCCUGGCGGUGGCCGCUGGAAGGAGGGUCUGCGUCGGGCACGCUGGGCAAUUGAGAGCGGCUCGGCCCUGAAGGUCUUUGAGCAAUUCAUCGAGGUAUCAAACAAGCUUGCGUGA